AGCUCAGUUAAUUUUCUUAUUCCUUGUACUCUGUGAACAACACCCUCGAAAAUUUCAAGGAAAAUUUCAACACAGCGUUUUUUUCUUCACGUUGUUGUGUGUCUCUCUGAUAAUUUUUCAAGAGCGAAAAUGAUGCACAUGACCCUUUACUGGGGCAAGAAGGUGACGAUCUUGAUCGAUUCAUGGAAGACCGAUUCCUGGACGAGUUACGUCCUGAGUCUACUCGCCUGCCUCGUCGUUGCCGCGUUCUAUCAGUACCUCGAGAAUCGCCGGAUUCGCCUGAAGCUCCUCGCCGGCGACCGGAGGCCCUUGCCGGCGCCGGAGAUCCGCACCCCUCUUCUCCGGUGGGGCGUCGCCGGCGGCGACAAUGCCAGGUUGGGCGUCAAGUUCGCGGAAGCGGUUCUGUUCGGGGUGAACUCUGCGAUCGGGUACUUGUUGAUGUUGGCGAUCAUGUCCUUCAAUGGAGGGGUGUUUUUAGCAAUUGUGGUGGGUCUCACCAUUGGUUAUUUUUUCUUCAGGAAUGAGGGGGAGGAUGAUGCGCUUGUUGUUGAUAAUAAUUCUUGCGCAUGUGCUUAGUUUUAUUUUUAUAUUGACAGAUUUAAUAAUUAAUAUGUUUUGUUACUGGGAGAUUCUAACCUUGGCCUUCUUAUAGCUCCAACCACCAAAACAACUUAUGACUCCCUUCCGUGUGCUUAGUGUAUUGUAAUGUGUUUCAUGUAAUUGUCUAUUUGUGAAUUUGGAUUGGUCUCUAAUUCUCUAAGAUCUGUUGUGUUGUGUAAUUUUCUGUGUUGAUGCACGUGUAAGUUUGAGUUAUGUAUGAUCACGGAAUACUAUUAUGAAUGGGGAGUUUUAAUC